AUGAAGCCCAGCGGCAGACUUGCUGAUCUUUGCAGCCGUGGUGGUGGAUGCCAUCAGGCAGCAAUCGGACGUAUGUGUGUCCAUGGCGACACGGGACAGUGUGGUUGCGCUGUUGCUAGCGCCGAGGAGUGCGAAUCCUGUGAGUCUUCAUUGAAACUAGCUCUUGGCUCUGGACCAGCAUUCAGUGUGGUGGUCUUUCUGUUACCAUAA